GCGUCCCGACCGUGUCCCAGAGGCGGCAGCGAAGCGUGGCCGGGUCGGGGCCGGGGCAGGAGCCGGGGCUCGGGGCUGAGGCGUCAGGGGCCGGAAGGGACCGGGAGGGACUGCGGAGAGAGCGGCACGGAGGGAGGGCCCCGCGGGAACGGGCUCCGGGACCACGCACUGCGGCCGGGGCCAGCUGGCUCCGCGGCUGCGCAGUUGGAGGCGCCGAGCGCAGGCGCGGGGGGGCUGGUUGGGCCGCGCCCCCUAGCGGCGCUGCUGCCUCCCACCACCCCCCGGGCCCACCCUCUGGGCCGCGGGUUCGCGUCCCGGCGCCGGCAGUGUGCUCACCUUUGAACCCCACCGCUUGUGCCUGCUGCGGGGCGACAUGGAAGAGGCUCCUAUGGCCAUCCCCUCCUCCUGCAGGACCCUGCGGCUGCCUCCCGGCUUCCUGAAUCUGCUGGAGGGGCUGGCGAGGGAGGUGAUUCGGGCACAGCCCCUGGACGUGGUGACCUUUGCUGCUCAGCACUUCCAGCAGCUGCUGCAGCAGAGAGAGGAUGGCUCAGUUGACCCUGUGGCACAGGGAGCCCUGAUGGAGGACCAGCCUCUGUGCCAGGAGCCAAAGGAGGCCAAGGAGAAGGAGGCCAAGGACAGGGAGGAGGAGGAGCAGGCAGGCAGCAGGGCAGCCACACACAGGGUAAGUGGCACAGUGCCUGCACCCAAAACAAGGCCAGCCCAGCCCAACACAGGCACCCAGCAGCACCCCCAGACCCUCCUGGGGUGCAACAAGGAGGGGCAAACCCAUGGUGUGUGUGUGUGGAGGAUCACUCCCUGUAGAUAUUGGUACUGAUAGCAACACUCAAUGCCCUGGGUUAGAGCCUGAGGAGUCUGAAGAGAUCAACAGGUACAGCCCCAAUAAAUACCUCUGCUGCCCCACAGUCUUU